GCCAAGGUAUUGGUUUCCCCCUCUGGUGACCUCGCUUCGAAGUCUCUCUAGACUCUCUUCAGCGGUUGCGAGCCGCCAAACCCUGCGAAGGGAUGGCAUGCAACCGCGAUUUCUUGUUCUGUAGUUUGUGUGGGAACUUGUUGUCCUUGAACUCUCCCAGAGUCGCCAGCUGCGAGACUUGUGGAUUCAAGCGCAAUGCUAGAGAGAUAAUUGGGAGAGAAAUACGCUACAGUAUCACCGCUGAGGAUAUUAUAAGGGAGCUUAAUAUGGAACCAAUAUUGUCCCGUGAAACUGACCGGGAGAGUGAAAAAGUCAAUAGGGCAGUUGUAAACGAACGAUGUCCUCAGUGCAAUCACCCCCAGCUUGAAUAUUACACCAAGCAGUUACGAUCGGCCGAUGAAGGGCAAACCAUUUUCUACGAAUGCCCGAGUUGCUUUCACAAGUUCUCACAAAACACAUAGGAAAACUUUCAGCUUUUCCUUGUGCCUGGUACAAACCAUUUUAGGUUUAAGAAGACUGCUCUCUUCUCCAAGUUUUUGAUAUAUUUUCCAAAUUUAUAUAUCAAAUGAGUUUGUAAUUCAAGUUUUUAAUCCAAAACUGAAACUUGUGUAGUAUUUAUGUCACUGAGAGAUGUUCUCUUCUUGUAACAGUAAUCUUCAGCCAAGUUUGUGAUGGAAUUGUUUACCAAAAUAGUGAUCUAAAUACAUGAUCUCUCUUUAUUUGUCA